AUGCCUUCGGACUGGGACACAGAUGCAGACAACUCGCGCUUUGCUGAUUGUGAGAAAGGGAUGAGAAAAGGCCCUGAUGGAAUUUUCUUCUUGCACGUGCAGGGGAAGAAAGCGGCAUCGUUCCGCUACCCCAGGGAAGGUGCUAAAUACAAGGGUGAGGCUGUCCAGCGGUCCCUGGUGGAGCCCUACACUCACCCAAACAGCAAGGAGACAGAGCAGAGGGAGAACAUAGAUACUAUCAUGAACUGGUUCACCAAGGAAGACUCUGACUUUGUGACUCUGUACUAUGGACAGCCAGGUAACAUGGGACAUCGAUUUGGGCCAGAGGCAGAGAACAGGAAGUUGAUGAUUCAGCAAAUGGACAGGACCAUCGGGUAUCUGGUGGGAGCCACUGAGACGCACAGCCUGACAGAGCACCUCCACGUCAUCAUCACAGGAGACCAUGGGAUGACCACCGUGAAGCAGAGACCCGAUGUCAACGAGAUCCCCUUGUCCACCUGCAUCAAGUUUAGGGACUUGGUCAAGUUUGAUAUUGUGGACUACAGUGGCUUUGGGAUACCCCUGACCACACUGGGGCAGGAGGAAGCCCUUUACCAGGCACUGAAGAAUGCACACUCUCACCUCCACGUCUACAAGAAGGAGGAGUUCCCAGAACACUUCCAUCUUGCUAAACCUGACCGGGUUCUGCCAAUCGUGAUGUAUGCCAACUCUGGUUACGGUAUCAAUGGGAGAAUGUAUUUCAACAAAGGCAGCCAUGGCUUUGAUAAUAUCCUCAUGGAUAUGAAGACCAUAUUCAGAAUUUUUGGGCCAGAUUUCAAGAAGAAACGCCUGACCAAGCCUUUUAACAGCAUCCACAUCUACCCAUUCAUGUGUAAGCUCCUGGGAGUCACCCCCAAACCCACAACGGCUCCCUGGCGGUCACCCAGGAAGUGCUUGUGAACUCUUACAACCAGCAGCCAGGUGAGAUACAGAAGCAGCCACCAGAACUAUCAGCAUAGUCUGCUCUGUCCUGAGGUAGAAAAGAAUCAAAAAGGGUGGGCAGGAGGGAAUUCAAGCAGAACAAUCCUGUUUACCAGCAGCUUUGGAGCCCCAGGAACAAGAAGCCAAUAGCUCCAGACAGCAGCGGAGGUAGGGAAUCCCUCGACCUGCUGGUAACAUUUUACAUAGCGCCUUUUAGGCAAAGGGAAGACGCUCUAUAGAGAAAGUCGGGCUGUAAUCCUUCCGGUCCUCAGGAAAUCACUGUGUACAGUCUGCCCCCAAGACGCCCCUUUCAGAUACAGAAACCAGCCUCCUUCAGAAGCACAGAAAGCUGCUCACAGGGGAGGAGCAAAACCCUGCUGUUCCACUUGAUGCUGAAAAAACAAGAGGGGAGAGUCUGAAAUGAGACUGCAAAUUCUUAAGACUUCAAACCCUUUCAAUCUGGGUGAUAUAAAGGAAGAAUAAAAUCAUCUCUGAGAAUUU